AAACCUAAGCCCACACAUUUUCAAUGCACUGCAAUAGGUAGCGGGAAAGCAAAUGCACUAAAAAUUCAUCUUCUGAAGCGCUCUAUGGCAAUUGCUGAAGCCCUCUGAAACUCAAGAGGCGCGAAAGAAGAAGAGAUAAUCACAGACAUUUUCUGUUUUUCCUUGUUAGGGUUCAGUUCCCAAGCUCUUACCUUGGACUUUUCUCGUUUCUCGCUUCUGGCAUGGCUACCUCCACUUCUGUCGAUUCGUCUCUUUGGUGGGAUCCUUUCCGUCCACUUCUUACUGAGCUCGAAAAUGUAUCCCUCUCUUCUGCGGAACUUCCCCCGAAACUGAUGAAAAAGAUGGACGACAACCAUGCUUGGUUCGUGGAUACCGUUUCACUCUUUAAGAAACCGAACGAGAAAUCAAGGGUGGCUUUAGAUUCUCAGGAAGUCAAAAUAGGAUCCCACACGCUAUCUAUACAACCUGAACUUAAAACUAAAGCUCUUAAAUUGAGCUCUUAUCUGUGUUUGGAUGAGGUCCAAUCAUACAUUCUGGCUGCAAGAACCAUUGCGCAUGACAAUGUAGCUGAAAACUCCUCAUUUCAAGAACUUUUUCACAUGGUUCUACUUGAAUAUUACAUUGAACGGCAGUGCUUGCUGAAAUGUACAAGGCGCAUACUCUUGCAUGCUUUGUUUAUUGGAAAUGGUUCCAAAAAAGGUGAUGCUUGUGACAAGGCACUAAGACUGAUCACUGAUGGAUUAGAAAACAAACUUAUAUCGGUUUUGCAGAGUCUUAUGUCCUCCUCUCACCCUGAGCAGAUGGAUGUUGACCUUUUCACAUUUUGGGCUGAAGAGACCUUGACAGAAGAUAAUCUAAUUUUGGACAUUCUUUUUAUUGCAUAUUAUGAGUCAUUUGUUAGAUGUAAUGCUGAUCGAUGGAGAACAUUGUGUCUGCUUUAUAAGGGAAUCAUAUCUGGAUCUUAUAACAUGGAAAUGCUUGCAAUAUCAAGUUCGGCAAUACAUUCUUCUUGUCAAGUUAAAGUUCGAUUAUUAUUUAUCCUUAUGGAAACAUUGGACCUAGAGAGUCUUCUCCAGAUGGUUCAUGAUCAAACUUUCAGGCAUGGUGCUUCAGUUUUUACGUCGUCCGAUUUUCAAGAGAUGGAUGCAAUAGUCUCUAGUUUGAAUGCUUUUGAAAUAAAAGAAGCGGGUCCAUUGUUACUAACAUGGGCAGUUUUUUUGUGCCUAAUAUCCUCACUUCCCGGAAAAGAGGAACACAAUGUACUGCUGGAGAUUGAUCAUGUUGGCUAUGUUCGUCAGGCUUUUGAUUCUGCAGCAUUCAAUUAUUUUCUUGAUAUACUUCACAGUGAUUUACUGAAGGAAUCAGAAGGACUUAUUGUUGGCUAUCGAAGUGUCUUGAGAACCUUUAUUUCUGCAUUUAUUGCUUCUUAUGAAAUUAAUCUUCAGAUGGAGGACACCACCUUCUGCUCAAUUUUGGAUAUACUUUGCAAUAUAUACCGUGGGGAGGAAGCACUUUGCAUUCAGUUCUGGGACAGAGAGAGUUUCACUGAUGGUCCUAUUCGAUGUCUACUUUAUGACCUAGAAGGUGAAUUCCCUUUCAGGCUUGUGGAAUUUGUUCGUUUUUUAUCAUCUCUAUGUGAAGGAGCUUGGCCAGCAAAAUGCGUGUUUGACUUUCUAGAUAAGUCUGUGGGCAUAUCAUCCUUGUUUGAGAUCAAUAGCAGUACCUCGGUGGAUAGUAUCCCAGAGAUUGUGGAAACUCAACAGCCAUUACUUGUUCCUGGAAUGGAAGGGCUGUUGAUUCCCUGUAAAACCCGUGGACAUGUUUUGAAAGUGGUCGGUGGAAAUACUGUUCUUGUACGUUGGGAGUAUAAACUACCAGGGAUGCUCAUGUUGCUCAUGCGUUUGGCCCAAGGAAUGUAUUUGAAUAACAAUGAACAAGUUGUUAUACUUGACUUGUUGAGUCGAAUGGUUUCCUUUAAUACGGCUGUCUGUUUUGCUUUGAUGGGUGGUACACACAUUUCUAAUCCUCAAGUUGCAGACAGAGCUUGUCCGACAGAAAAGAAUUUGUGGUUGGUUGAGAUUAUUUGUGUUCUCGUGAGAAACUUAUCUCCUAAUUCAAGUAAUGCUGCUGCGAUGUCCAUGGGUCUAAAUAUUUUGUCAAAGAUGUUGAAAUGUUUCCCUGCUACGGUCACUCCCCUGGCACUCCAGGCAAAUAUUUUCAAUGUUGCUGGCCACGAUGCACUGAGUGAGUCAUGGCUUCAAUUUGGAAAGCUCGCAAAGAUGUUGCUUAUUGAUUUUGAGCACAAUGAUACUGACUCCCCGCUCUGCAUAUCACUACUGGACUUUACCAUGCCGCUAAUGGAGACUGGAUUAGAAAAUGAUGCUAUCCUAGCUCUUAUUGCUUUCUGUCUUCAGUAUAUUCUAGUUAAUCAUGAGUACUGGAAGUACAAGGUUAAGCAUACUCGUUGGAUUGUAACUUUGAAGGUGCUUGAGGUGACGAGGAGAUGCAUUCUUUUAAGCUCAGGUGCUGGAAAACUGGGCCCACUUGUCCAGAAUAUGCUUCUUUCUGAUUCUUCCAUCCAUAACACUCUUUUUCGAGUGGUUUGUACGACUAGACAAGCUCUCGAGAAACUAUAUAUCAGCCGUCUUUCUGACCCACGGGAGAUUGAGGGUUUAGAGCAUGCCAUCUGUUCUGUCCUGGAUAUUAUUUUCAUCAUGCUUUCUGCAUUUUCAAAGGAUUCGUCAGCUGCACCUGCCGUAUUUCAUCAAGCAUUGAUAUCAUUGAAAACUAAACCCAUUCCUAUAGCAGCAGCGGUCAUUUCUUUGUUUUCUUAUUUUCGAAAUGUGAGAGUACAAGUCGGUGCAGCAAGGGUACUAUCUAUGUUAUUGUUAAUAACAGACGACUUGCAACCCCAUUUGUCUAGUGCGUGCUUUAGUCUUGAUGAUGAGCAAAUAGCAGAUUUGAGGCAAUCAAUUGAGUGCAUACUUCUAAAAAAGUCUGUGUGGGACGAAGAUCUCUUUGUUGCUGUAGUUAACAUGUUGACUUCGGCAGCACUUUAUCAGCCUUCUUUCCUUGUCACUUUAUUAGCUAGCAAGGAAAAUUUGAAUGCCCAACUAAAUUUCAAUGGUGGUGGGACUCAUCAAACUAAAGAUUCUUUGCCGGCUUCAUCAGGAUUGGAGAAAUCAAGUAUGAUUGAUGCGCUUUUACAAUAUCUAAAGGAAGCCAAUAAGCAUGCAAAAAGCAACCUCCGGAUACAGCUGAAUGUACUCAAUUUUUUCAAGGCACUUUGGCAGACAGCUGGCCCAUUUAUAAUGAUUUUGGAUAGGAUGAAAACUUCAGAGAAGGUUUUGGAACAAUUGACAGACGGUGUUUCACACUUCGUUUCUGGAGAAGCUUGUGCCGCCAAAAAUAUUGCUGGGAUGCAGGAUCUAAACUCUGCUUACAAAUAUUUGUUACUCUCAUCCAUGGUGGAAAUAAUGUCGUAUGACAUUUUUCUGCAAAAAAAGAUGCUACAUGGUGAGUCGAUUGUAGAACAAGCUGGACCAAAGGACAAAGCUGCGAUUGCUGUGAGCAAUGAAAAUUCGAGAUUACCCUCUAGUCUCUCUGAUGUCAAGAAUAUAUUAUCAGCUGCAUGUGAUGGCUUCCUUUUAGGCAAUCUGACCAAGCUGCUUGCUUCUUGUGAAUUUGAUAAUGAAACAUAUCACCGGGCAAAGGUUGCUUCCAGUUUAUUCAUUGUACAUGCGAUGUCAAAAUUAGCAACUGGUGAUGGGGGGAGCUUGUCAGUUUCAAUGCUCGGGAAGAUCCAUGAGCUGUUGAAAAAGCUUAUCAAUUUGCCUGCUUUUGCAGAAUUAUCAGCACAAUAUUUGCAGCGAGGUUACAGUGGAGGUGAUGAAUUGAACAGUUUGAUAUUGAGCGAUCUUUAUUAUCAUCUACAGGGAGAGCUUGAAGGCCGUAGUAUUAGCUCUGGAGCUUUCAGAGAGCUUUCUCUUUAUCUUAUUGAUUCUGAAAUUUUCCAUUCUCACCAACAUAACUAUGAGGAUGACAUUUUUGUGAACAUCAAAGAUGCAUACUUGUUUGACCUCGUGCAUAUACAGACAGAUUUGGGAUUAGAUCUAUGGGAUUAUUCAGAAUGGAAAGAAUCUAAGGCGAUUGCAGCAAGAAUGCUCAGUUGCAUGGAGGAUGUAAACUCAAUGAUGCUGGUCACCAGAUCAAAGCUUACUGCUUUGAAAGCAUUGAUAACCACCUUAACUUUGAUGGCCGAUGAUACAUUGGAGAAGGAGACUACACUCAGAAAAAACAUCAUCGAUCAUCUUGUUAGAUAUUGCAUUGCAGACAUAUCGCAUUAUCUCGACAUGACCAUUGAAUCAUUAGCAUUCGGUUUGGGUGCCUCCAAUUGUGUCCUUUGUUUUCUUACUGCCCAAUUGGAAUUGAUAAUUCUCCUUAUCAGGUCUGCAGAUAAAACUGUGCCUCUGUCUGUUUGUGCACUUAUUUUAAAGACCUCAGGCUCCGGUCUUAAACAAUUAAGUUGCAUCCAACCAGCUGCUGGAGCUCAGAAGACAAUUAAUCUCUUACUGAAGUUGGUUCUUUCUUCUGUGGAAUGUCAUGAUCUUAAUUCAUUUUCAGAUCGAGAAACUAAUCCUGAAUAUGUCAAAGACUUCGCUGAAUUUUCUAAUGUUUUGUUGGGACUUCUACCUAUAUUAUGUAGCUUUAUCAUAAAUGCUGAGCACUGCACCCUGGCUUUGACUACUCUAGACUUGAUAAUAAGAAAAUUUUUAUCCUCUGAGACAUGGCUUCCCGUCCUACAGAAGCAUCUUCAGCUGCAACAUCUUUUUCUGAAGCUUCAAGAGGAAAAAAAUUUGUCUUCUGUCCCUAUAUUGAUGAAAUUCUUCUUGACCCUUGCUCGUGUACGGGGAGGUACUAAUAUGCUCAUAACAUCUGGGCUCUUGUCAUAUCUUCAGUUGUUGUUUACUCAAUUUUCGGAUGACAGUACUUGCUCGCAAUUCAACUAUAACAAAAAUUACUUAAUCUCUGGUGAUAGAGCUCAGAAUCACCAAGUGAUUUGGAAACUUGGAUUAGCUGUUAUCACUGCUGUAGUGCAAUCUUUGGGAGAUGGUUCUUACCUAGAUGUUCUUGAUAAUGUGAUGAACUACUUUUUCUCGGAGAAAGUUUAUCUGAUCUCGUACCAUCUCAAUACACCAGACUUCUCCCCUGAUGAGCACGACAAGAAAAGGUCAAGGACUCAAAGAACUAAAACUUCUCUCGGUGGUCUCAGGGAGACAGAGCAAACUCUCAUGCUGAUGUGCGUCCUAGCAAGGCAUAGAAACUCUUGGGCUAAGGCAACCAAAGAAAUUGAUUCCCAGCUCCGUGAGAAAUGCAUACAUAUGUUGGCUUUUGUUAGUCGAGUGACUCAUCGCCAUGGAGAAUCUCCUGUCAGGGUCGCUCCUUUCACAUGUCCUCCAAACCUCAAAGAGGAGUUUGAUCAAUGCAAGAAACCAUCGUUUAUCCAUAGCAAAAGUGGAUGGUUUGCUCUUUCGCCUCUCGCUUGCGGAUCAAAACCUGAGUUCACUGCUCCCUCAAUGUCUUUGAUAGUUGGGGAUCAAACCACCGAAAAUUCAGAUCCAGUUUAUCCAACAUACUUUUCUGAUAGUCUAGCCAUGCAUAUCUAUACAAUUACAUUUCUUCUUUUGAAGUUUUUAUGCCUACAAGCUGAGGGGGCUGCUCGAAAGGCUGAAGAUGCAGGUUAUGUUGACCUCACACAUUUUCCAGAGCUUCCAGUGCCUGAAAUUUUACACGGGUUGCAGGAUCAAGCAAUGGCUAUCAUUUGUGAGCUCUGUGACUCCAACGAAUCAAAGCAUAUUGUCGAUGUCGAUGUCCAGAAUUUCUGCUGUUUGCUAUUGCAAAUUAUGGAGAUGACACUAUACCUGGAACACUGUGUUGUGCAGAUUUGUGGCAUAAGACCUGUAUUAGGGCGAGUGGAAGACCUCUCAAGGGAAGUCAAAUUAUUAUUGAAAGGUGUUGAGGGUCAUGCAUUCUUGAAACAGUCGGUGAAAUCCUUGAAGCAAAUAUUGUCGUUUGUCUAUCCUGGCUUGGUGCAGAGUGAGAAGUCGUGAGGACUGGGCUUUGCAGGUGAAUGUUUGUGAAGCAUGUAGAGAUUUGGAAUUUUCGUCAUAAGAUGCUUGAUUCUCUUACGUCUCUUUUUCAAAAGAGAUUGGAGAUAUUGUAAUUACUUUUUGUAUAUAUACGGCUUUUCCUGCAUAGCCAUCCAGUUAUUUAGCUAAAAUAGUACUAGUAAAUUAUUAUGAAAAUGUAAGUUGCGAGCUUAUAUGGGAUUAGAAGAAAACAAUGAUAUGGAAUUGUAUAAUUUCGGUCUACAGACCAAAGGGAUAAAUGUACAAUUUUUUACCAAAUUAGAAGUGAAUUACUAGGGUUUCAUUUGGUAACUA